AUAAAAUGCAGCCUGAAACUUAGCUUUAUUUGGGUAGGUAAAAUGGACUAAGAAAUAUUAUCACAACGAGACAAAAUUAGGGUAGGUAUUUCUAAUUAGACUAUUAUUAGAUGCAAGAGGGUGCAACCAUUAUCAAAGAAUCAAGAAUAAAAAAUAAAAAUAAAAAAACUUGUUUUCUCAUACACAAUGCAGAAAUUCAAUCUGCUGAUAAUUUUGCAGAAUGUGAAGCGAUUUCAUUUCACAAAAUUAUGUGUUUUCCAUUGUUCAACACUCAGUCUUCAGGAGAGGCUAAGAACUGAGAUUCCUGAAGAAAGUGAAAAUAUUUCUAUCUUUAAGGUCCCUGGAAAUCUUCGUCAAGUCGAAGCGAAAGCUUACGAUCCUAAUAUUAUCUCGAUCGGGCCUUACCAUCAGGGAAAAGCACAUUUGCAGGCAAUGGAAAAGGUUAAAUGGCAGUUCUUUCGUCGGCUUUUUUGCCCUAGCAGCCAGGGGAUUGAAGAGAAACUAGAAGGUGUGAUUGAGGCCAUGAAGGGAUUAGAACCCGAGGCUCGAAGUUACUAUUCAGAAGAUGUAAAGAUGAGCAGGAAGAAGUUUGUUGAGAUGAUGAUCAUUGAUGGCUGCUUCGUUGUGGAGCUCUUCAGGGACCUGGAAAAGUCGGAAGGAAAAUACGAGCCUGAUGGAGAGAAAAUCGAACUGGAAAAGAAACUGGCCCUGGAAAAAUUGGAAGGAAAAUACGAACCUGAUGGACAGAAAUUGGCCCUGGAAAGGUCGGAAGGAAAAUACGAGCCUGAUGGAGAGAUAUUGGAGAUGGAAACGAAACUGGCACUGGAAAAGCCUGUAUUUGCCCAUGGACAGAGAUUUCUGAAGAGAUGGAUGCUGCCAAUUUUGCGAAAUGAUCUUAUGAUGCUCGAAAAUCAGCUUCCUUUGCUGGUUUUGCGAGAAUUAUUCAGGUUAACGAAUGGUAUACAAGCAACAUCUCCAUGUUCUUCAAUAGAGAAACUAGCUCUUAAGUUCUUCAGUCCACUGAUGCCUGGAGCUGCUGAAAGUCCUCAACAAAGUGAUUCAGACUACAGCAGAAAUGAUGCAAAACACUUUCUUGAUCUCUUCCGGUCGAGCAUUUUGCCAAAAGAGAUUAAACGUGAAAAAGAACCGUAUCUAUUCCGUUCAAUGGUUGAGCUCAAAGAGGCCGGGAUUAAAAUCAGGACAGGAUCAGAAAACAUAAGGCCUCUAGACAUAAAAUUCGAAUCAGGAGUCUUGAAAAUCCCUCCAUUUCGAAUCGAUGACUACCGGUGCACUCUAUAUCGAAACCUGGUUGCUUUUGAACAAUGCUACAAGGCUUGUCAACCAGACGUGACAAGGUACUUGUUUUUCCUUGACGGGCUUAUCAAUUCAGCUAAAGACAUAGAACUUCUACAUUAUGCGGGUGUGCUGCAGCAUUCUCUGGGUAGCAACAAACACGUGGCUCGAAUCGUCAACAAGCUUUGCAGAGAAGUCUCCCGGGACAUUGAGGACUCGUACUUGAGUGAUGUUGUAAGAAGCCUCGAAGAUUAUUGUAAUGAGCCGUGGCAUAGAUAUAGAGCGAGUCUCGUCCAUAACUAUUUUACCAACUUGUGGGUGACAGUUUCGACUGGGAUUGCUGCAAUCCUCGUCUAUUUUGCCGCGCUUCAGACAUGUUGUGACUUAGCUGAAAGUCAUGAUUCAUUACAUGAAUUUGGCUUUUGGACAUUAGUUAUUGAAUCUUUCAUUAUUCCCUUUCCACAAUCACUAAUUGUAACCGGACUUGUUUCACAGUUUGAUGAGUACCAGGAAUUCAUAUGGCUUUAUUGUUAAAUGAAUUGCUGUACAAAAUGUCAUCAAAGUGCUAUUCUCAUCUGCUUUAGUAUCUGUUGAACUAUUAAAUCCGUUUGUUGUCAAAA